CCCCCCCGCUCCGGACCGGCCGCUGAGCUCGGCGCGGGCGGGAUCCGAGUUUAUGCCCCGGCGCUGGGAGCGGGGCGGCCGGGGAGCUUUCAGGAUGGCAGCAGAAGUGGAACUCAACCAUGUCCAAUCAGCAUCUGAAAUGGCAGAGGGAGAGGAUGACCAACACAUUUUUCAACCCAUGAUGUUCCUGGAGCCUCAAGAGACGAGCAUUGAUAUGAAGGCACUUCUGGUCAAGAAAAUGAAGAAAACUUGCAGCUGCACCCCAGCCAAAGUUAAAGACCUGAUUUUCAGUUUUCUCCCUGUCUUGCAGUGGCUCCCCAAAUAUAAACUGAGGGAGUACAUCCUGGGAGAUAUAAUGUCUGGUGUGAUAGUGGGCAUCCUGCUGGUCCCACAGUCCAUUGCCUAUUCCCUAUUGGCCGGUCAGGAACCUAUAUAUGGUCUUUACACAUCCUUUUUUGCCAGCAUUAUUUAUUUCCUAUUUGGUACCUCUCGUCAUAUAUCAGUUGGUAUUUUUGGGGUGCUUUGCCUGAUGGUGGGACAGGUGGUGGAUCGUGAGGUACAGAGAGCUGGGUAUGACAUAGAGCCCAGUGUUCAUAGUGGCCUUCAGAGAGAUAUGGUCAGUUAUGUAAAUACCACCACUUUGGCUGUGAACCAGAUGUCACAACCGCUGUUAUGUGAUAGAAGUUGCUAUGCAAUUACUGUGGGAGCCACGGUGACCUUCAUAGCUGGAGUUUAUCAGGUUGCUAUGGGCUUCUUUCAGGUGGGCUUUGUCUCAGUGUACCUCUCUGAUUCCUUACUCGGCGGAUUUGUCACAGGUGCCUCCUUUACUAUCCUAACAUCCCAAGCGAAGUAUCUCCUGGGCCUGGACAUUCCACGCAGCAAUGGCAUUGGCUCCCUCAUAACCACUUGGAUAAACAUCUUCAAAAACAUCCACAAGACCAACAUCUGCGACCUCAUCACCAGCUUCUUGUGUCUCCUUGUCCUCAUCCCAACCAAAGAGCUGAAUGAGCACUUUAAAUCCAGGCUCAAGGCCCCCAUACCCAUUGAACUGGUUGUGGUUGUGGCAGCUACGCUGGCAUCUCACUUUGGGAAGCUGAAGGAGAAUUAUGGCUCUAGUGUUGCUGGACACAUUCCAACUGGGUUCCUGCCACCCCAGCCACCCAAAUGGGAUCUGAUUCCUAGCGUGGCGAUGGAUGCUGUUGCCAUAGCCAUUAUUGGCUUUGCUAUCACUGUGUCCCUCUCAGAGAUGUUUGCCAAGAAGCAUGGUUACACAGUUAAGGCCAAUCAAGAAAUGUACGCCAUUGGCUUUUGCAACAUUAUUCCCUCUUUCUUCCACUGCUUCACAACUAGUGCAGCUCUUGCCAAGACUCUUGUCAAAGAGUCAACGGGCUGCAGAACUCAGAUCUCUGGGGUGGUGACGGCGUUGGUCAUCCUAUUAGUUCUGCUUUUGAUUGCGCCUCUCUUUUACUCCCUUCAGAAAUGUGUCCUGGGGGUCAUAACCAUUGUGAACCUCAGAGGAGCCCUGCGGAAGUUCAGGGAUCUUCCCAAAAUGUGGCAUCUGAGCAAAGUGGACACAGUGAUCUGGUUAGUCACAAUGGCCGCUUCGGCACUGCUAAGUACUGAAAUUGGCCUGCUGAUUGGUGUCUGCUUCUCGAUGCUGUGCGUCAUUGUGAGGACUCAGAGACCAGAGGCACCGUUGCUCGGCUGGGUGGUAGAGACUGAAAUGUAUGAAUCCCUGUCUGCCUACAAGAACCUGAAGACUAAGCCAGGCAUCGUGGUUUUCCGUUUCGAAGCGCCUCUCUACUAUAUCAACAAAGAAUGCUUUAAAUCCACUCUGUAUAAGCGGACUGGAGUCAACCCAGCCUGGGUGAAGGCAGCCAAGAAGAAGGCAGCAAAGCGAAUGCUUAAAGAGAAAAUGGUGAAUUCUGGUGGCAGCCAGGUGGACGUCGCAGUGCAGCUUGUCACCGAGCCACUGGUGUUUCACACCCUGGUGAUUGACUGUUGCGCAAUACAGUUCUUGGACACAGCCGGGAUCCACACGCUUAAAGAGAUCUGCAAAGAUUAUGGGGAGAUAGGCAUCCAGGUGCUGCUGGCCCAGUGCAAUGCCUCUGUGAGGAGUUCCCUGCACCGGGGAGAGUACUUUAAAAAAGAGGAACAGAACCUCCUCUUCCACAGUGUGCACCAGGCUGUGGACUUUGCAUUGGGUGCACAUAAGCAAAAUGGGUGCUGGGAAGGCAACAAUUGUGUGUAGGCUGAGGGAAAAAAAUUGUGGAUGUAUACAUAAUGUGCGUGCACUCACAUAGGUAAAAUGCACCAAAGUACAGGGAUAUUGUUCAAAAACUGUAGUGUAGCGCAUACAGUGUGCUUUAAUGCUUUAAUCUUGCCCUACUGGAUAGGGUGAUUUCAUAUAUAUAAGUAGUGCUGAAUAUAGGCAUCCUCAAUGUGAUCGUGAUUAACUUGUUAAACCAAUGUUUUUCAUGAUCCUUCUGUGUAUUCCCUGUUGGGCUCUCCAUAUCCCAGUAUUUACCCCACAUUUAGAUCUGCAUCCCCGAGACCUUUAUUACAGCCACCAUCUUUCUGGGUUGGACUUCCUUUGACAGCUGUCAGUGCUUCCCCUUAGUGCAUAGUUUGAGGCAACUACACUUUUCCUCCCCAGUUCCAGGACUGGGCAUGCUGCCUCCUUACAGGGCUGGCUCCAGGCACCCGCCGACCAAGCACGUGCUUGGGGCGGCACCUUAGAAGGGGGGGGACCUUAGA